ACAGAUUAAAACAAAUUCUGUCUCCGCUAACCAUAGCAAAGAAAUUUUCUCGACCGACAGCAGCUAUGGCUUCUCCACUGGAUAUGCAGAAGAUAAUUCCGCUCAUCACUGGCGGUGGUAGCGGCAUCGGCCUCGGUCUCGUCAAGCAAUUCCUCAAGCGUGGCUCGCCGAAACUUCUGAUCACGGGCCGUCGCGAAGAAGUCCUACAGUCCGCAGCCGGUGAGUUUCCCGAACAGAUAUUCUACAGAGUCAGCGAUGCCGGAGCGGUACAGGACCGGGAAGACCUAUUGACAUGGGUCCAAACCGAGCAUCCAGAUUGUAACGCUCUCGUCAACAACGCUGGCGUGCAACGCCAGUUUCCCCUCCACAAGGAUGAUGCGGCUUGGCACGAGCGCGCACACGAGAUUGAAAUCAACUUACAUGGCCCUGUUCAUCUAUGCUCACUCUUUACUCCCUACCUACUCGCAAAGCAGAAAGAAACAACACUCUUGGCCAAUGUUUCGAGUGGACUCGCGUUCGUCCCCUACCCUAAUGCACCGGUAUACUGCGCUACCAAGGCCGCUCUACACAGUUACACCAUGUCUUUGCGUUACGCUCUGAGUGAGACUAAUGUUCGUGUAGUGGAGAUCAUCCCUCCAGCCGUCAAGAGCAACCUCGGAGGAGCGCACGACUUUGGUGAGGAUUUGGACCAAUACGUUGAGGCGACGAUGAAGCGUGUCCAAGCCGGCGAAAUCGAAGUUGGUUACAAGUUUUCCGAGACGGCGCGGAUGGCGGAUCGUGCUCAAUUGAAUGGAAUGAUGGAUCACUUGGCUACCGCCAUGCAGGUUCCAAAGUACGCGGUUGAGUAAAUUGAACGGAUGCAUGAUUUAUCGUCAUGCCGUGGACAUACUA